AUGCCCGAACUCACUGCAAUGUCCCUGGAUGCCGUGCCCUUACAGCCCCUGCCCCUCUGCGAGGGCGUCUCCAGUCGCUUGAUCGAGACGCGCGAUCUCACUUUCCAUAUUCUCGAGUCCGGCGCCACUCCCGACCGCGAUCGCCCUUUGAUCAUUCUCCUGCAUGGUUUUCCCGAGAUCGCCUACUCGUGGCGCCGAGUUCUACCCCAGCUUGCAGCCGCGGGCUUCCACGCGGUCGCACCAGACCAGCGGGGGUUCGGCCGGACGACCGGCUGGGACACGCGCGCGUAUGAGGAUGUCGAUCUGGCGACAUUCUCCAUGACGGAGCUGGUGCGCGAUAUCGUGGUUCUGGUGCAUGCUCUGGGGUAUCGAUCUGUGCAGUGCGUGGCAGGCCAUGACUGUGGCGCCAUGACGGCCGCAACGUGCGCUUUGAUGCGCCCCGAUUUCUUCCACAGCGUGGUGCUGAUGAGCCACCCCUUCAAUGGAAGUCCCACACUGCCCUUCAACACUGCCAACGAAGGCACUGCGGAAGAGCAGCGUGCGGCUGCUGCAACAGGCGGAGGCGGCGGUGCUGAGGGAUCUGCGACUGCAUCGGCAGUUCAUGAAGCUCUGGCCCAACGUGGCCGCAAGCACUACAAAUGGUACUACUCAACUGCCCAGGCAGGUCCCGACAUGUCUUCGCUAGCCCUGGAUGAUAUGCGCCAUUUUCUGCGAGGCUAUUUCCAUCUUAAGAGCGGAUCCUGGCCCGGUAACCAGCCGCGUCCGCUGAAGGGCUGGACUGCCGACGAGAUCGUCCAGAUGCCGGGGUACUAUAUCAUGCCAUUAGAUGCUACCAUGCCAGAAGCCGUGGCAAGAGACAUGAAGAAUGAGCCAUCACAGGGGCAAAGUUCGCAGUCGUGGCUUCCAGACGAUGAGCUUGAUGUUUAUGCGGGCGAAUAUGUCCGCACCGGCUUCCAAGGGGGACUGAAUUGGUAUCGCGUACGCACUGCUCCAAAUAGUCGGUAUACACGGGACUACGACACCUUCGCUGGCAAGAAGAUCGAGUGUCCUUGCGCAUUCGUCUCUGGAAAGCAGGACUGGGGGAUUUACCAAGUGCCCGGGGCUCUGGACAAGAUGAGCAGUGGUGCAGUGUGCUCUGACUUCCGAGUUCUUCGCCUUCUCGAUGGAGUCGGUCACUGGGUACCUCAGGAAAGCCCGAACGAGGUGGUGCAAACCAUCAUUGAGCUAACGAAAGGACUGGAUCAGUAG